CGUUAAAGGGGCGGCGGCGGCGCGGGGCUGCUGCGGUGCGCCAUGGCCUACCAGGGCUUCGCGCAGGAGUACCUGGGCAUGCCGGCCGUGACGCGGGCCUACACCACCGCCUGCGUGCUCACCACCGCCGCCGUGCAGUUGGAGUUCAUCACCCCCUUCCAGCUGUACUUCAACCCCGACCUCAUCUUCAGGAAGUUCCAGAUAUGGAGGCUGAUCACCAACUUCCUCUUUUUUGGGCCCCUGGGAUUCAGUUUCUUUUUCAACAUGAUAUUUCUGUACAGGUACUGCCGCAUGCUGGAAGAAGGCUCCUUCCGUGGCAGGACAGCUGACUUUGUCUUCAUGUUCCUCUUUGGGGGCUUUCUCAUGACACUGUUUGGGCUCUUUGCCAGCCUGUUUUUCCUGGGCCAGGCUUUCACCAUCAUGCUGGUGUACGUGUGGAGCCGCCGGAACCCCUACAUCCGCAUGAACUUCUUCGGGCUUCUCAACUUUCAGGCUCCCUUCUUGCCCUGGGUCUUGAUGGGAUUCUCUCUGCUCCUGGGCAACUCCAUCAUCAUCGACUUACUGGGGAUUGCAGUGGGUCACAUCUAUUAUUUCUUGGAAGAUGUUUUCCCAAACCAGCCUGGAGGAAAGAAGUUGCUGUUGACCCCUGGUUUCCUGAAGGUGGUAUUUGACACACCUGAAGAGGACCCCAACUAUAACCCUCUCCCUGAGGAUCAUCCAGAAAACCAACCUAGAGACCAAGACCAGCAGCAGCUGCCACAGUAACACAGGAGACUCCUGCAUGCAGCCAGCCUCCUCUCUUCUGGCUGGACUUGUGCCGCGGCCCAGUGAUGCUGCUGGGUCCCCACCUGUGAUGUCUGUCU